UGGGGAAAUACCCAGCACAGUGCAAUAACAACCAGGGCUGAUACAUGGUGCUACAUGUCCAAGACUCCUUCUUCCUAUGUACAUGUAUGGAUGUUUUUUUUGUGUGCAAUAAACCAACUAGAAGUCGACAACAAUGAACUCAUGAUAAUUCAUCUGGAUAUCUGUAUUAACUGACCCAUUUAAAAAUAUUAUACCAGAAAUAAACAUGGACGUUCAGCGUGGACAUUGCUGGCGUUGUGAAGUUCAACUGGAACAGACCAUUCACUGUCCUGAUUGCAAGAUGGCGGAGUAUUGUAGCUCAACAUGUGAACACAGAGACAGAGUUAGACAUAGGAGUAGAGAGUGUCCGUUAUUUGGAACAAGAUCAUGCAACAAAUGCAAUAAGAAGGGUACAAUGAAAGAGUGUGCAGGUUGCAACAUAGCAUGGUACUGUAACAGAGAGUGUCAAAGUAGUGAUUGGGUCAACCAUAAAGCUUUUUGCAUCAAGGCCAAGGAAGACAUCAAAUCAACAGCAGCUCAAAUUGGACUAUUAAACUUCAGAAUGCAAAAAGACAGACAGGGUGGUUCCCCUUAUUAUUUGGGAAACACUAUUGCCAAAGACUUCUUGCAACUUGAUAACAAUGAAUGGUCUGAUGGGUCAAUAAAGAAAACUGACUUGAACAGGGACUAUCAUAUAUUGUCAGCUGGUUGCGGAGACUUACGCAAUACUGUCUUGACAGCAGCUUCCCUCCCUGCCAGGUACCAGGGAAGUCUUUACAUCACUCUCAAUGACUUUGACCCUUUUGUCAUGGCAAGGAAUGUCUUGUUUCUCUUUAUGUUGGUUCGGUUUGCAGACACUGAGGGAAUUGAGAGCAGUCUGACUACCAUCUGGUACUCAGUUCACAUUACAAAGAAAGAGUAUGACUUGAUCAAGACCAGCUUGGAUGAGCUCAUUCAGAUGACCCCUCAAAGUCUCACAGAGGUCACUCAAGGGUUGGUCAAAGUUCAAGGUAAAGAUCUUGCAGUCAUGAGUCAAGUUUGGGACAAAUGGAGAUCACUAGAAUGCCAACGAAAGAUACAAUCCUCAAUAAAUCUCAGAAAACAAAGACAAACUGCAUUUGAGAAAUUUAGACAAAAGCAUGGGGAUAGUGUGAAGUAUUGCUAUACCAAUCCUUCACAGUCACCUGCUGUUAAAAAGCAAACUGAAGAAUGGUUUGACCAUGGUUUGUUCCUCCCCAAAGAGACGAAACAAGGGACAAUGUCAUUUGAUAACCCAACACUAACCGGACGUGGAGCUUCAACGGAUCCAGGUUUUGACAUGGUGAUUUUGAAAAAUCAAAAUGCAAGCCCAAAGGAUUAUGCCUUUGAUUACUGUGUCAGACCAGAUUCACAUCCCUUCAGAGUGUGGGAUUGCUUGAGAGUGAGGGAGUCUGAGACCAGACCCUACGCAACCCCUAUGGUGAUGUACCACAACUACAUCACAAACCUGAUACAGAAAGUCAAACAUCUAAUUCAGCAGAGAAGACUUUAUAUGCAAGUUUCUCUGGCCAACUCUAUGGAUUUUCCUUCAAUUCACAAGUCUCUUAAGAUGUCCAACUAUGACCGCAUCUUCACAUCCAAUCUUGCUGACUAUAUUGGUUUUGGGAAGCUUUUACAAACAUUUAAACCCCUUCUAAACCAAAGUAACUGCUCCUCAGUAAUUGUUACUGAAACAAUAAACUGGGCUGAAUUUCUACCUCAGGCUGUCUGUAAACCUGAGCACAAAGAAUACAAAAGAUGUAUUGUAGCAUAUUGUCUGGAUACAGGCAGAGAUUUAAAAAAUCUACUACGUAAAUUUGAUAUUGGACUUCAUACCUGGAUGGACUACUUUGAUAGUUCCGCUUACUUUCUUGCAUAUCUGCGUGCACAAAUUAUGGGCGGGGGUUUCGGGGUACCACCAUUGACUAAAGUGCCUUCAUUUGGCGAAGUGAUGAAGUACAAUGGUCUAGAAAUGCGUGACUUUCGUAAGAAGCUGAAUCGUCUUGUACCAUUUCAGUAUCGAGUCAAUGCUCGUGAUUUGAACGUUAUAACUGCAACUGACAGAGCAGUGGAGUGGUGUCUGCCACACACUGAUGGCUAAGUUUAACAAACUUGGUGU